UAAAUUUCACGCUGAGUUCUAUAAGAAUUCUCAGCAACCUCUAAAUAAAAACUUUAUACUGAAAAUGUUGCUGUAUCGAGAUUCUGCUGACAAAUGUACAUAUGCUAAGAAAAUUAAUUGUUAACAAAUAAUUUAGCACUCUUUCGCUUAUAAGUUGAGGCAUCUUAAACUUUUGGACCACAAAAACCCAUGUUUCGUCCGUUUUUCUCGAGCCUAGUUCUGUCAGGGUUCUUAUUCUCUUCCUCUCUCAUUCUCUCCUUUGGUCCUUUUUUGAUCUCUGUUCCUCCCACCCUCCCUUCCCGAUCUUCCUUUUUUCGUUGCCACUCUCAUUAAAUCCCGUUUCCUCGUACUCGUCUCUCUAUUCUUUCUCUCUUUUUUAGACCACAUUGUCAUAUUCGCCUUUUUCUCUCCUUUUUUGCUGUCUCCCUGUCAUUUCGGUUCGAAGGGAGGGCUCAGAGCCUUCCUGAAGAUAAGGAGAAGACUAGAAAGAAAACUGCAUGACUAAAAUUCAGAACGGCCUCGGAAGUCUGAUGUGCAUUAAAGAAUAAAUCCUCUCUGAUAUGUGAACAUCAAAACCUCGUGACACCAGUUCCAUUUUAGUUGACAGCAUUCAUCAUCAACUUUUCUGCCUGCGUGCGCGAGUUCUUGGUGUAAAGAUGCAGGCACGCAGACAAACCGAAACACGAAUGGAUGAAAAAGACAAAAGAAUGAAAUGUUCACAUUUUUUGUUAGAGUUUUUUUCUUUAAAACAUUGUAGCGAGUUUAACAUUAUUUUUAGUUUCCGAUCGAGUGAACUGUCUGGUGUAUUAUAUUUAAGGCCAUCGAGCGAACUUUGGAGAAUAUUUUUGAAAUAUUUUUGUGGGAGCAGAACGUGCAUGUGAGUUGGGUUUCUUCUGAUACCGAGGCAACAGUUUUAUUUCGGUCUGCAGUAUCGUCAGGUGUUAUAUAUACCUCAGGGGAUGUAGUAAAUAAGUAUCUAGGACUGAAAGUUUUAUUAAGUAUGAGAGUGAGACCCCUACUUCCUGGCCCCCACACUUCUCGAAGCCUUUCGGGUAACUGUGUGUGUUUAGUUCUGAGAGAUCCGCGGAAAUAUGUUCACACUCUGACACGCACGAACACGCGCACGCAUGUGAAUAUGCUAUGGAAUAUAUUCUUUGUGAUGUAGGAAUUUAAAUUGUAUCUAGGCAACAACAGGAUUGGCAUUAAACAGUGAGACGGUUUCUCGUACAAGUGACAAGUGUCUUACUCGCAGUGUGAGAACACAAGCGCCACGAUUCUUCUGGAAGGACAUUCUUACUCAGUAACAAUUGUGAGAUGCCAGGUGCAAAGCCUAGAAAUAGUUCCUGGCAGUCAGGGAUUCACCAGCAUCUUCAGAACUCCAUUCCGAGCAGGACACGCAGACUGUAAUGGCGGCCGGUACUUCCGGUAACGGAUUCGUGAUGUCAGCGCCACCUCUUGGAGGACGAUGCUACUGUCUGGGGCUGUGUCUUCUCCUCAGUCUUCCUCUCUUCCUGUCUGCUGCCAAGACGGACGAGCAGAAGCUGAUGGACGCCGUGCUGCACGACUACAACACAGCCUCCCGCCCAGUCUACAACGCCUCCAAGAAGGUCACGGUCAAGUUUGGCCUGACCCUGACACAGAUUUCCGACAUGGACGAGGUCAACCAAGUCCUGACCAUCAACGUCUGGCUGGAGCAGGAGUGGGAUGACGAGCGGCUGAUAUGGGAUCCUAAGGACUACAAUGGUCUGCAAAUCCUGCGAAUACCUUGCGAAAAAAUCUGGCUGCCUGACAUAGUGCUUUACAACAGCGCCGACGACUUCACCACUGGCUACAUGAAGAGCAAAGCGAUGGUCAGACACACCGGCAAUGUCUUCUGGCCGCCACCCGCUAAAUUCCGCAGUUCCUGUAAAAUCGACAUCACUUACUUCCCCUUCGAUGAUCAAGAGUGUGAACUGAAGUUUGGGUCGUGGACGUACGACGGAUUCCAAGUCGACAUCACCAACCGCUCGGCCGCCGUGGACUUGAAGAACUACGUCUACAGUGGCGAGUGGGAGCUCCUGGACGUGAAGAUACGACGUACAGAGAUGUACUACGAAUGCUGCGAUGAGCCAUCAGAUGUUCGCUUCACCAUCAUCAUCCGGCGCAAGACGCUGUAUUACCUGUUCAACAUCAUCUUUCCCUGCCUCUGGCUUACCAUCCUCAGUCUCCUCGGCUUCUGGCUGCCACCCGACUCUGGAGAGAAGAUAACUCUGGGCAUCACCGUGCUUCUGGCUUUCUCUGUCUUCAUGCUGCUUAUCGCUGAAAGUAUGCCGGCUACCUCAGAGUUCGUUCCCCUGAUAGGGAUCUACCUGACUGUCACCAUGGCAAUGACGUCACUGUCCAUCAUUCUGACCGUCCUGGUUCUGCAGCUGCAUCACGUUGGACCGCAUCAAAAGCGAGUGCCCCGCUGGAUGUGGACGCUAGUCAUCGACGUCCUCGCUCCGCUCGUCUGCCUGUGCCACUUCAGUCACCGCUACAGCAACCUCCAUGCCAAGACGGCCACGGGAGACCCCCACUAUCGCGUCCUCGACCCCGGGAAGCCCGAGGACAUCCUGCUCAACACUUUCGAUGCUGAGGUCCCUGCCGGAAGUCCCUCCGGAGUUUCAGCACGUCCCAACCGUGUAGGACGGGGACGCGGGAACUGUAACGGCAUCAUCCCGGCAGCGGCACGUGUAGAAGACAGGGGAGACAAACAUUUGGGGAGAGAGGUCCCACGCGUCGAUGGUUCCAGACUAGAUUUGGAUAGAAGCAGGAGGAUGGGUAAUUACGGCUGUGGGAUUCCUCCGGGGUCAGUCAACGCCGGCCUAAAUCCAUCUGUGGGGGCAUCCGUAAGGGAGACGAGGUCUAAUAUGGGUGUUUGUGUAAAUGUCUCAGCAAAGCAUCCUGGAGUGUCGCCUCAGUCGUCGUUGUCGUUGGACCCUCAGUCCAGCCAUCUAUCAAGCAGACGAGAGGAGGCUGUGGCUUCCGGAACCUGCGGUGGCCGGCCCGCUCGUAAGGAUCCUCAGUUCCGGCCUGGGGAGUACAUUCGCACACCACAGGAAUCGCGUAACCAUGGCGACGAUCAGUUUGGUCUGAACUCUCCAGCAAGUGGUAUUGGACACCAGUCCCCCCGAGACUGUCUCUCGGUCCUUGUAGACACAGACAGCAAGAAAGUAUCAGUGGGUCAGACCCAGAAGGACCAAGCAGAGCGUCAGCUGCAACUCAACGAACAGAAUAAUGAUUCAAGUCAUCCUUGGAUCCGACAAGAGACUUAUUCUCACCCUGGCUUUUCUUCACGAUCUUCUGAUGAAAUGCUUCCGCCGCGGAAUUUUUCAAGAUCGGGAGAGAACAUCAGCCAGCCAAUCCCCAGCAACCUUGACCCUAGAACGGGUUCACAUCAAGUCUCUGCCAGCCGAGUUAACCGAGACUAUCAGAACGAGCGCAUCACGCAGCAUCUUCAGGUCUUGAUUAGCCGAGAUGAAGCAGACGACCGCCAUCGAGACAUUGUCACCGAGUGGCGCGUGGUGGCUCACGUUAUGGAUCGUCUGCUCUUCUGGCUGUUCCUUAUCGUGGCGAUUGUCUCUUCUGUUAUCAUUCUUAUUAUCAAGCCGCUGACAAAGCCAGAAACAUGGCAAAAAAACUGAACCUGACUCUGCCGAACAUGAACCCAAUCUUCCGCUGUCGUUUUAGCAGCUUCCUGCAGUUGAUCCCAUGGACAUUCAGUAUGUCUGUAGCAAAUGACAUUGUUACCUGUGAUGCCAGUCCCUCGCUGCUGAGUUUUAAUAGGAUUGCACGUUGGUGCCAGAAAAACACUGUAGUUAUAUUGUUUUCAUGAAUAACUGCGACGAAAUCCCGACUGCAGAUCUCUCUGUUUGAACACUGUGAUUACAACCAGAAACGAUAAACAACAAUUGACGACCAAAACGUUAAGAGCGAUGUUGAAGAAGUAAUGUAAUGACUAUUCAUUUAUGUAUUACAAAAUUUGAACAUCAUUAGAAUUAUUAGAGAUGUUACCUUUGACUCUUCAGUGUUCCGAUGGCUGUGCAAGUCAGUAAGACUAGUUACAGUAGCAUAUCAUUCGAGACAGAAUGAAAGCAGUUAUCAGAAACAAUAUGUCUAUGUGUGUAUGAAUGAAAAUGGUUUCGAUAAGAGAAAAUAUGUGUACAUGAUGUGCGUGGAUGAUGGUUCUCUCCCUUCUACAAGGUAUCUGAAUUGUGUACACUAUCUGCCGUUAAAAUGAACUGUUACACACGAUCAUAAUAUUCAGAUCCGAUUGCCCAGAUAUUUAUUUAAUUUUCCAAUGAGCGUGUUACUCAAAGAACCAUUGUGACCCGGAUGUUUUUAUGAAGACCAUAUUGAAUACAGGCAUAGUAAGUGCAUCAUGUGUACACAAUGUGCGUGGAUGAUGGCCUUAACCUCAAAUAUUCAGAAAUUGUUUCCCUCAUAAGCGCAAUGUGAAUUGUGCACAUUAUCCAUUAAAAUGAAGUGCUACACAAAAUCAUAAUAUCCAAACCCGAUUGCGUAGCUUAUCUAAGAUUUUUCUUUAAUUUUCCCAUGAGUUUGUUACUCCAAAAACCACUGUGACCCCGAUGUUUUGCAUGAAGACCAUAUUUAUUGCAGGCUUAGUACAUCAUAGAUUGAUCAGUUUCAAACCGACACAACUUUUAUCCAUCGUUGAAGUAUUUGUUCGUUUACCUUACACAUGUCUUAAACUAACAAUCAGUGCAAAACUUAAGAGUGAGUAACUUGUGUGUUUGUAUCUGUGCGGCGGAAUGCUUAGAUUAUUGCUAUGUGAUCAUGACAAAUAAAAUGAGUUGACAAGAAAAAAAAGUCCUCUGAGACCACACUCUUCAUGUUAAUGUCGAUUUUUUUGU